AUGAUUCAUGCUUUUAGUGAAGACUUGAAGUGGAAAAGUGAUUUUCUUCAUUAUGAUAGUCAUAAUACAGAAAAAAUUGCCAAAUUAUUACAUAUUUAUAAAGUACCACCUGACGAUUCAUCUAAUUUAGUAAAAAAUUCAUUAAGAGAUAGAAGUGGAAUUGGCUGUUUUGAAACUAAUGACAAACCUAAAGAAUUAUUCAUGUUUAAAUUUUGUGCAAAUGAAGCCAUUUGA